GGAGUAAGAUGGCUGCAGCACAAGUGCUGAGAACCUGGAGUGGGACUGCGAGGCGCUUGAUUUGUGUUCGCUAUUUUCAAACGUGUAUUAAUGUACAUGACUUGAAGCCAAAACACAUGUGUUUCUUCACUUAUCCUUCCUUCAAAUAUAAUCAUCCACAUCGAUUGCUGAAAACAACUGCUGCUCUUCAUGGACAGAUUGUUCAAUUCAAACUGUCAGACAUUGGAGAAGGGAUUAGAGAAGUAACUGUUAAAGAAUGGUAUGUAAAAGAAGGAGAUACAGUGUCUCAGUUUGAUAGCAUCUGUGAAGUUCAAAGUGAUAAAGCUUCUGUUACCAUCACUAGCCGUUACGAUGGAGUCAUUAAAAAACUCUAUUAUAAUCUAGACGAGAUUGCCUAUGUGGGGAAGCCAUUAGUAGACAUAGAAACGGAAGCAUUAAAAGAUUCAGAAGAAGAUGUGGUUGAAACUCCUGCUGUGUCCCAUGAUGAGCACACACAUCAAGAGAUAAAAGGCCACAAAACGCUGGCAACACCUGCAGUUCGCCGCCUGGCAAUGGAAAACAAUAUUAAAUUGAGUGAAGUUGUUGGCUCAGGAAAAGAUGGCAGAAUACUUAAAGAAGAUAUUCUCAACUAUUUGGCAAAGCAGACAGGAGCUAUAUUACCUCCUUCACCAAAAGCUGAAAUCAUGCCACCUCCACCAAAACCAAAAGAAAGGACUAUUCCUCCACCCAUAUCAAGGCCUCCGGUGUUCACUGGCAAGGACAGGACAGAGCCUCUAAAAGGCUUCCACAAAGCAAUGGUCAAGACCAUGACUGCAGCCCUCAAGAUCCCUCACUUUGGGUACUGUGAUGAGGUUGACAUGACUGAACUGGUCAAGUUACGAGAAGAACUAAAACCCAUUGCUUUUGCUCGUGGAGUUAAACUGUCCUAUAUGCCCUUCUUUUUAAAGGCUGCUUCCUUGGGAUUAUUGCAGUUUCCAAUCCUUAAUGCCUCUGUGGAUGAAGCCUGCCAAAACAUAACAUAUAAGGCUUCUCAUAAUAUUGGGAUAGCAAUGGAUACGGAGCAGGGGUUGAUCGUCCCAAAUGUGAAAAAUGUGCAGAUCCUCUCUAUAUUUGAGAUUGCCUCAGAAUUGAACCGCCUUCAGGAACUGGGCUCUGCGGGUCAACUCAGCACCUCUGAGCUCACAGGAGGGACAUUUACCCUUUCCAAUAUAGGAUCUAUUGGUGGUACCUAUGCCAAAGCAGUGAUAUUGCCACCUGAAGUAGCAAUUGGGGCCCUUGGAUCAAUUAAGGCUCUUCCUCGAUUUAACCAGAAAGGAGAAGUAUACAAGGCUCAGAUAAUGAAUGUGAGCUGGUCAGCUGAUCACAGAGUUAUUGACGGUGCUACAAUGUCCCGCUUCUCUAAUUUGUGGAAAUCCUACUUAGAAAACCCAGCUUUUAUGCUGCUGGAUCUGAAGUGAAAACGGAGAAGACAUCUUUGAACUUUUUAUACUUCCAAAGAAUACGUAAAGCUUAGCUUGCCAGCACUUGUUCUUCAUUGCGAUUUGUACUAUAAAUGAUUUGUAUUAUGUGAUUAAACUCUUAACGCACAAUAUUUAUCACUUUUGUUAGACUUUUUACUGAAAAUGAGAAAGUAUGAAAUGGUUGUUCUCCUGGGUUGUACUGUCACGUUUUAUAGGUCAUAGUGUUACAUGAUAUGGUGCUGAAGUCUUUGUGUCAAUGGAUCCAAACUGGCAAGA